UCUCACCCCCUUUCAUGCCCAUACAUACCCCAGAUGUUGAUGCCAAGCUGAUCCUGCUGCUUUCCAAGGGAAGUGUGUCUCCUUUCCAAGCCUUGUCCAGCAGCCUCCUCCACCUCACUGGGGCUCCUGGGCUUGUUCUCCCCUUGCUGCUGCUGAGGCUGUGGAGGGGAAUUAGGGUUCCCAUCACUCCCCCACCCAAAAACUGCAUCCCUCCCUCCAGGAUGAUGGCAUGUGGAUUGUGAAAAGCCUAGAAAAAGGUACCUGGAUGUCUGUAACUCUUUGUUUCUGUUGUCUCAUACUGUCCUAAUCCAAAUUGUCCAAAUUAUUAUUACUCUAACAAUAUUGCUAUUUUUAUAACCAUUUUAUUAUCAUUAAGCUUUUAAAAUUUAAAAAAACCCCAAGUGAUUGGCAUUUUUCACAUGGAUGCUGGAACUGGGCUCCUCAGGUGAGCAUUGAGGAGUAUGAGGGCCCCACCUGGCCCUCCAGCUGGGUGGACAAACCUCCAGGGCAUUCCUGUAUUUUAGUGCCCAUUUUCUUUGUUGUCUCCACGUUGCCUCCAUGCAGACAAAGCACCCUGUUGAGGCUGAUUUCCGCCCCUGCUAGAAAUGAGAAGUGCUGGAGGAGAGGAGGAGGGCACAGAGGCUGCACCGACAUGUCCCAUCACUGCCUGCUCACAGCAGAAAACCCUUUCACCUGCCAGGAGCUAUCACUGGACAAGGCAACACUGGAUGGUUUUUGACCCUGAAAAUGAACUUUAGGAGGAUUUUCCUAGUCAAGUGCUUGCUGCUUUUAUUUCCCAGUGUAAAAUGCUCCAGCACCAGCUGGAUUUACAAGGCAGUGAACGAGACAGCUCUUCUCAGCAUUGCUGCUCCUGGGAGCAUCUACGAGGCCACAUGGAAGAAAGGGACACAAAGGCUGGUUCAGAUCAGAGACAACAGAGCCAAGCACUUUGUGAACAAGGAGCAGUGCAGGUGUGCCAUACUCCGCAAUGCGACCCUGGAAAUCCAGCGCCUGCAGAAGGAGGACAGUGGGAACUACACGGUGCAGGCUUAUCAGAAGGAUGGACAGCUGAAGGCAGAAGAAAGUAUCAUGUUAUUAGUUCAGGAACCUGUCCCUCAGCCAAUCCUCAUGGCUGAAUGCAGGAAUAAAAGUGUGUCUGUCAAGUGUGAAGCAAAAGGGAAGGCCAAGGAUGAAGUAUUUUUAAUAGAACUGACGCAACCCAAUGGCAAAAAAAUCCAAAAGAACGCAACAGUACUGGAAUGGCACGGGUGGAAUUCUGGGACGUUCCGAUGCGUUGUUAAGAACAAAGUCAGUGAAAAAAUGGCUGAAAAGGCAAUUAACUGCUCAGGCAAGAUGGACUUUUAUCGCAUCUUGAGCAUAGCAGGAGGUGCAGUCUUCUUUGUCAUCUUUGUGAUUUGCAUUAUUUAUUGUAUCAGAAGGAGGAAAAAGAAAAGGAAUGAAAUUUAUGGGGAGGAGCGAGCGAUGCAGACCCUGCCCGUGUACCAUGAGAUGGAGACGAUGCGGGAGCUGCCCCAGGCUCCGUCCAAGCCCACCCCGAGGCAGCAGCGAGUGCAGCAGCGGCCGCUGCCCCCGCAGCCCCAGGAGCCACCGCAGCCCCGGCCCCAGCCUCGGCCCCGCACCCAGGCACGGACCCCAAACCCCCCCAGACACAGGCCCUGAGCACACAGCCUGGCAUGUAGCAGGCCCAGAGCCUGCAAGACUUCCCUGGUGUUCAGCAGCCUAAGAUGGGAAAUGCCAGCUCAUGGUGACUGGACUGGAAGCCCCUCUCUUCUGCCUUUGGACCCCUGCUUAUCUCUCUGUAAGACUACAGAUCACUUUCCUUUAACCCUUGCUAUUGGACAAUUUCCAAAACCCCUGAACCCUACAUAAAGAGCUGCUUUUGCCCAGAUUGGCAGAAGAAAACCUGGAAACCUUCACAGAAGAACCUUCUGUCACUGGGAACCUUCGCAGAUGAAUUAAUAAAGACAUUGCUGUGGAACCCCACACAGAUUUCCAGAUUUCUCCUCUCUUUCCCUGCAUCUGCCUGCCUAGGCACCUAGUAAGAUAAGAGCUGAUAUCACAAUGAGCUGAUCAUCACUAAAGAGCUGAUAUCACAACCUUGCUAAGGUUGCCUGCAGCUAAGAACUGCUUGGACAGCUGUGCUGAACAGGUCAGAGCUAUCUGGACCCUGUUGUAGCCUGCUGGGGACAGCCUGAAUCCCAGAAAAGACCACAUUUCUGGCAGGAGGGUUGUUGGUCUCUCUGCUCCACCACACUCUGGGAAAAGAAAGUUUGUGACAGCCAGGAGCUCCUCCUGCUCAGCCCUGUGAAACACUCAGCUGUGAAAAGGCAGCUUUCCUUGCAGAGAAUCAGCAUCAAAUGGAGACCAGGAGACUCAAGAUGAUGGGCAUUCAUCCCUGUGGCCAUUUUUUCAUCAUGUUAGGAUACAGAUAUGGAGCACUGAAACCUGUGUCUUUCUGUGGUUUGCUUGCUUUUACUGCACCUUCUUGUUUUCUUGGAUGAUAUUCACCAAGAAGAAGCUAAAGCUCUACUUGGACAAAACAGACCUAUGGAUCUUACAGGGUUCCAUCUCCUGCUACACAUUAGGACAGCUCUCUGGCUUCAGCAUCAAAUACAUGGACUCCUGGACCAAAAAUGAGUUGUAUAUAAUUAAAUAUUUGACUGAAGUUGAAAGGAUUUGUGUUGUACAAUGUAGAGAAGAAAGUAUUGAAAGGACCUUGAAGGACCUCUGUUGGAAAAACACAAAUGGGAAAGGAAGAACUUCUCCCUUUUCUCCCUUUCUUCACUGUGUUUAGAAAAGAAACUGUAGACUUGAAUUGCAGCAAGGGAGAGUUAGGUCAGUAUUUUAUUUUUCUUUUUAAUGAAACACUGAGAGAGAUUUCUGAGAGAGGUUCUCCAGCACCGGGGUUUCAAAGGGUGGAUGAGACUACAUUCUGUGAAGCCUUUGUGUUCUGACAAGGGCCAGGAGAAUGCGCUACACAGCCUCUUCAGGGACAGUUUCAACUCAGUUUUCUUUGACUUUUAGGCAAAUAAAACAAACCUUUAUUCUCAUAAUAAGUCUGUGGGGCUAUCCAGACAAUUUUUGUUUUGCCUAGAAGAGGUCUGGUCUCCUUUGGCUCAUGAAACAGAGCAUUAUAAACUGCCCACCAGUAGGAUUGCUGAUGGCACUGUCUGAAUUGUCAGGGAUUCACAUCCCAGGGACUGUGUUUCUUGAUUUUGCUGGCAACACCUCAGGUAUAACGAGGGGAUGAUGGAGAGCUGCUGAGAGAUCUGCAUCCCCAAGGGAGAAGCUGGACUGCAAAAAGUGCACCUGCAUUACCUUCCAUGUGGAGGUGUCCAUAGCUGCCUCUCAGGACAGCUGAGGAGCUGAGAGCACAGGCCUGUUUUAGAGCAGUGUCUGCAUGGAUACACUGACCAAUUUAGGGUAAAAAGCAAGGCAAAUGAAGGAGGAGAGAGCUACAAGAACCACAGAACACAAGACACCCAGCCAGCUAGCUGAUGUGUCAGGCAGAAGAACACCCAAUGCCUCUUCCAGCCUGGCCCAUACCACAUGUGCCAGGGCAGAUAAAACAGCCAUGCUUGUUUCUCCUGAGAAAUAUGACUAUUUUUAUCUUCUGGGGCAAGGAGGCAACUUGUCAGGAAAAGGAAGCUUCUGCCUCCUCCAGAGCUCAGUCACUUCACUUGAACUCUGACAGCAGGAAUAGCCCUGGGAGUGCCACUUGCUCUCUUGCCUUAGCUUUCUGCAGCUGAUUCUUGGGCUUUUGCUAUUUAAAAUUGCAUUUGGUAAGUGUUUCAUGGUUUAUUUUGUAACAUACCAUAUGUUAUAUCCCUGAACUGAACAAAUAAAGAGAAGACUGGGUGCAGAG